UGCAGCUGUCGUUCCUCCGUGUCGUAGAUAUCAUCCUCACCUAGUCGCUCUGCUGUGAUUCGAGAUAGUUCAAAGUCCGGAGCAGCUCCCUUUCCCUCCCUUUCGAUCUCAUAUCGCCAUUGCCAUUGGAUAUCGCGCAUCGUAAGAGAUAGGGGCAGUCAGACAAUCACCCAGCUAGACCUACGCCACCGACUUUCGACAAUUCGACGAUUGGGUCUCGACCUCAGACACCAUCUUCUUGCUUCCCGCACACUAUCCGCUGCCAGAGCCCUCGAGCCGACCAAACUCUGGCACUCCCUUUAACGCUGACCCUGGAACAAUGGGUCAAGCUCAAGCGGCUCCGGGCAUGCGAGCUCCCGGUCCAUCAUCAAGUGCUAAUGUCGCACAGACUCAACCCCCCGCUCAACCUCUCGCUGGACCAUCUGAUCAAUCGGGCACUGCUCCCAAGACCAUGGCGAGAAUGAGGCAUACGGGACCGAAGCAGUCUCCUCGGGCUGGCUUUCUGCCUGAUGGCCGGGAAUUGUACUUGAGGAAACCUCAUUCCAGACGAGCCUGGGAGCCGAUCAAGGAUCAUACGUGCGAGUCGUGUGGUGGAAUGUACCCUCGUACUCCGUUUGAAUGGGAGGAAAUGUCGACCGAGCCGGAUGGAAGGAGGAUCAUGGCACUGAAGAAGCGGUGCCAAGCGUGCGCAUUCCCUGGAUUGACUCACAAAGUCAAGGUAGAUACGCUCAAAGCAACUGAGCGUUUCGUUCGUUCCCUGCAUCCCGACUUUGAAAUCUCACCGACGCUACUGCUCAAGGAUUCGCCAGAAGCGAUGCGGGAGUUUACCGGUGCCGCUGCAACAGGUUUCAGCUCGAACGUUCCAGCGGCCGGAGCAUCUCCGCCAAAGGCUGCUGCUGUACAGAAACCACCGCCUGUCGCAGCCAAACUGAAUCUACAACCCGUAUCUUCGACUCAGCCUUUCCCGAAAUCUUUUGCGAAUCGACUACCCUCGGUCCAUCAUGCUCCACCUCAUCCAGUCUCGAACCCGUCAUUCACUUCAAAUAUGGGGCAACAACAACCUAUGCCUCGAUCCACCGCUACUCCUCACCCCAUGAUGCCCCAAACAACUUCUUCCAACAUGGCCACGAGCGGCCCAACCACGGCACGACCGACUCUCCCUGCCAACAGGGACGUCAGGCCCACAACUGCAACCCAACCCAAACCGCCAGCCCAACAGACACAGCAAGUGUCAAGCCGGCCGUCUAUACCUGGACCUACCUCGACCUCCAGCCGUGCUACCGAUGUCACAGCUCCAGGCUCCGGCCAACGAGCUUCUCAAGCGGGCCCGAUCAGAACCAAGUCCACCGCCCCACCUGCUCCGUCUCCCGUCGCAGCGUCCCGACCUGGUGCCACUGGUCAGCGAACGAGUAGUCAAGCACACGAAAUGCUCGAUGCAUUGAGACGGGCUUUCCAUAAGAACCCGAAUCCUAGCCCGGAAAUGCUCGACAUGCUCGCGGCGACUUUCAAUAUCCAUGACGAAAGGGUCGUGCCACAGCUGUUCGAGAGCUGGAGACGAAGCGGGAUCCAUCUGCGCGACAGCUCGGGGGGCACAUCGACGCCUGAGGGCAAAGCUUCCAAGUCGUCUCGCAGCGGCCGACGGGAUUUUGAGGAGGGGUCCGUGGAACUGAACGCCCAGAGGACCCCCGACUUGACGUUCAACCCCCAGGCAGAGCAGUCGAUUGAGACGCAGGAAGAGGCAAGAAAUGAGCAGAUCGAGCUGUUUGAUCAGAUAGUCAAGCUGGCUCAGAAUGGAGCUGUCGAGCAGAAGAAUCACUCGGGACAUGAAGAAGGCCGAUUAGAGGGUGUCGAGGAAGCACCUACCGCGGUCGCACUCGAGCAAGGAGGAGCAGCAAUCAGCUUCGCCGAGGAGCAGCAAGCUGUGUUAGAACCCAAUGGCCUAUUGAGCGAUUUCGACUCGACUGCCGCUAUGCGAGUCGGUACAGUGAACAUGCAGACUCAGACUGACACUCAUCGGCAACCUACCCUACACUCCAUCGAGCACGAUGUCGCCAAGCAUGAUGACACUCAAGGCAGAAGCGAUGUCGAUCAACCGAAACAGAUGCCAACGGGUAACUUGCAAAUCAUCAUCCCUGGCAUGGAAGCCGAACCUACCGACCAACCUCAGCUAGCGCCAGCCACUCCUCCGUCUACCGUCGAUAUUGUUCGAGGCGAGACUUACGGUGCGACGGACGAUGUACCGCCUAGCGGCCUCGCGGUGGACGCGAUCUUGUCUGCAGUCCGUCCUAUCGAAGCUGUACCUGAUGCCAAGCCAGCAUUGCCAUCGCCGCCUAUCACAGCAGACGCAGUCGAGAGACUCGUUGCACCUCUGCCUUCCAGAGCCACCGGCCCGCCUCAGAACGCGCCCCGACUGACGGCUCCGCCCGUCAUCCUGGACAUCAAACCGCACGAAGUCAAGCACUUCUCAGAACCCAUGAUGCAACAAGCAUACGAGAUCUAUACAGCACCAGAACCACAUCGAUUGGGGAAUUGGUUGAGAGCUACGUACAAACCGAGCACUGAGAAGUACAGCGUCUUGCAAAGGGAUAUUUACACGGAAUACAAGAGCUUGUUCGACGGGUCCCCGGUCGGCUGCUGGAGUGGAUCUCAGGUGGUCAAACUUUGCCGAGAGAUCUGGCCUGACACGGCUUUGGGGAGACGACUUGAUAACCCUUCCGAGUUUAGGAUAUGGGGAAUAUACCGCGUCAGAAUCUUGCCGCAAUCGCCUUGGGAGUUACUUUACAGCGGUCAGCUCAAAGCCGAACUGUUCAAACUCGACGAGGCAAAGCCUACCGAGCAGUUCAAGUCCGAGACACUUGUCGCGCGAAUGGGCGCUCCUCUCGAAUCGAUGGCAUCUAUCUUGUCGACUGCCAGACUGGAUCAGACCAAGAUCUCUACCCUCUCAGCAAUAGCCAACAAGAGCGAUCUGGAUACUUUCACGCAAAAGCUUCUGCGAGAGCGUAAUACGUCGCUAUGGGAGCCGAUGCACAAGUUUGAAGCCUCCCUUGUGUCUCACUUGAAAUUCAGCAAAAUCCGAGAGGCCCCUCUCUUCGAGGUCGUCCCCAAAGAGAAACGACCGAAACCUUCGGUCAAGCGAGAGGUUGAGAGGGUUCAGCGCGAAAUUGACAAGACGAGGCAGCCGGCGGCGUUUGUGACUCCGAACGAGAUCGGCCGGGGCGACGGCUCUCAAUAUAGGCCUUUUGUCUUGGAGUCGCAGGAUCGGACAGAGGGAAAACACUACCCGUCUUUCCCUUCGGCAACUCCGUCUCAGUUUUACCAGCCGUACCAGGCGGAAUCGAGCCGACAGCCUGCAGGAUCGAACGGAUCAUACCCAGCUGCUACCACACCAGCUCAAGCCGUCUUUGCGAACCAGCAGCUUUCGCAUUACGGUCUUUCGCCACAUCAACAACAUCAACAACAACAACAGCAACAACCACAGCCCGCUCCACCUCCGCAGCAUAUCCAGUCGCAAUGGUAUGAGAAUACCUACGAGCCGCCUGUCAACGUGCCCAACUCGUUUCUCUUUCCCAAAACGAAAAAGCCCAAGUAUCUUCCUCCAUCCCGACCUCAGCCGCCCGCCAUCCAAACGCAGGCCCAGCUGACUGCUCAACAUCAGUCUUACCACCAAGCUCGACACCCACAAUCACAACCGCAAGCUCAGCCUCAACGGCGACAGAUCCAGCCGCGACCUAUGCCGGAGUACGAUCCUUACGACCCCCUGAACGCGAAUCCUCCUCCGUUCCCGCAACUUCGACAGUCGUAGGACCGCCCAUCCCCCUUCAAGUUCUAAACUGUCUUGCCAAGAAUACGCAUUUCCAUGUAAUACUAGUAGCGACUACCGGUCGCGACACCGAGUGUCUACCAAGAUGGCCCCCGAUGAUGAUGACGAUCACCAUCAUACAGCCUAGCUAUCUCUGUCCUUUGUUAAACCUUUGAUGGUCCGUGUCUUCGAGCUGGACGACGGAAGCAUAUGAUUGGCUGU